GAUGUCUGGAAUUCAUAGCAAGGGCUGGAAAAAGCCUCUGGCACAGAAAGAGAAACAAACAUGUUUGCUGUGCUCCACUGGGUGGUAGCUACAUUCCUAACAAACCUUUUUGAACAAGAAAAGAGGAAUAAAUAUGCCUGUGAAGACCUCUCUUCCGAACUUGCCGCCACUCCCCACGAACCAGAAAGCAAGCAAGAGAAGUUUCGGUUCAGGCACCAGGUGGGUGACAAGAUCUAAGCUGAACUUGCCACCACUGGUCAUUUAUCAGAAAUUAAGCAGCUGCGAUAAGGAGGAAGACAUAUGUCAGGUAUUCCAAAAGCUUUCCGCACUUUGUGGCAAUUUGCAAGACCCUCUGAGAGAGCUGCUUCUUCGGUGUGCUUAUGAAGACCAGGAAAAAAGUUACAAGGUCUCCUACUUUGACACGUUCGAAACAGCUAGCGACCUACUGCAAGGAGUAUACUGUUCACCAGAGCCAGAUCACAUGCCCCUAACAAAAAGAUUUCUUUCCAACAAGAUUGCCAAGGAACAUAAAGCCUUUGGGGUGUACAGACAUGAUGCUCCACUGGCAACCAUAAUUGCAAGAUGGACACCAAAUAGCAUGUCGGCCCACUAUGACAGACAGUCAGUUAUUCAAGAGCUUAAAAAGUUUGGGGACAUUGAAUCAGUGACCCCUUUCGGAAGACAAACAGUCAUCGUCGUGUUCAAAGAAAUCCGCUCCGCAUGCAAAGCAGUGAGCGCUUUCCCACCUGAGUGCCCAGAGGGAGGAAUACGAUGUUUCUGGCACCACAAAUUCAUGUCCAAAUACAAAAGACGGAAAUUCCAAAAAAUGAGAAGCUUGACAACGUUGGGAAUGAAGGUGCCACCUGCACGUUAA